GGUCCUUGGAGAACAUGACAUAGGACUUGAGCAUAGCAUUGUGUGGAGAAGAGGCCUUGUAUAUUCAAGGGCCUUGUUCUCUGGGACCAUAUGUGGAGUGGUGCAUAGAUGCACAUAAUUUUAAAGGCAUGGCACCUUCUGCUUAUCUCUUCAGAGUAAAAGGGAAGGUGCUUUCUGUGGAAGAGCUGCCAUGCUUUCCAGGACUCAGAGUGCUUAGGUGCUGCCGUGUGGAUACACUCUUGGCUGAAGCCUUGCUGGUUGGAGAGGAAGCUGCGCAGGUUCACACUGGGCAAGCAGAAGCUGAGACCACAGAAAUGACGGAAUCCUAUGUGAAGAAGCUGGCCUUCACCAUGCUGGAUGCCAUCACUGACAAGGACCCUGUGGUACAGGAGCAGGUCUGCAGUGCUCUGUGCUCCCUCGGAGAGGCACAGCCAGGGGUGAUGCUCCAUGCUUGCGAGAAGUACCUGCGGCAACAUGAUAAGCUGGCCCAUCCUUACCGUGCAAUGGUCCUGAGGGCCAUGGAGACGGUCCUGAGCAGCCACAUCUAUAAGCUGGACACAGACACAGCCAGCAUUGUCAUCCUCCUGGCUUCUAGCGAGAUGACCAAGACGAAGGAACUAGGCUGUGACUGGCAGCAGGCUGCAAGCAAUGUCCUGGUGGCUGUGGGGAAACAGUUCGUCAACCAGGUGAUGGAGGAGGUCCUCAGGAGGUUCCAGCCUGGGGUUCUGCCACACUGCUCAGUGCUACAGACACUUGCUAGCCUCUCGGUGUCCAAUGUGUUUGGCAUGGUCCCCUUCCUGCCGUCCAUCCUGAGCACCAUGCUGCCCAUGCUGGGCAUGGCGAAGCAGGACACCAUGAGGGUGGUGUUCUGUUGUGCUCUCCAGCACUUCAGUGAGAGCACCCUGGAGUACCUGGCCAACUUGGACCAAGCCCCGGACCCCACAGUCAGGAAGGACGCCUUUGCCACUGACAUCUUCAGCGCCUACGACAUUCUUUUCUACCACUGGCUGCAGAGCCGAGAUGCUAAGCUUCGGCUUGCAGUAGUAGCAGCUCUUGGGCCCAUGAGCCACCUGCUGCCCAGCGAGAAACUGGAGGAGCAGCUUCCCAAGCUCCUCCCAGGUGUCCUCAGCCUCUAUAAGAAGCAUGCAGAGACCUUCCAAGUGUCCAAGAGCCUGGGCCAGAUCCUUGAGGCAGCAGUAAAUGUGGGCAGCCGCACCUUAGAGGUUCAGCUUGAUGCCCUUCUGGCAGCUCUGCAUGCUCAGAUUUGUGUGCCUGUGGAGUCCACUAGCCCUCUGGUGAUGAGCAGCCAGAAGGAAGUACUUCGCUGCUUCACAGUGCUGGCCUGCUGCUCGCCUGACCGCCUGCUGGCCUUUCUGCUGCCCAAGCUGGACACCAAUAAUGAGAGGCUCCGCGUGGGUACCCUACAGAUCCUGAGGCAUGUCAUCAACUCAGCUGCUGCUCAGAUGGAAGUUAAGAAGCCCUUUAUCUUGUCUUCCAUGAAGCUUCCUCUUCUGGACACUAACAGCAAGGUAAAACGGGCUGUGGUGCAAGUGAUCAGUGCCAUGGCCCACCACGGCUACCUGGAGCAGCCCGGAGGCGAGGCGAUGGUGGAGUACAUCAUACAGCAGUGUGCACUGCCCCCCGAGCAGGAGAAAGAUUUAAGCACUGUCCCACUGACAAGACGGCCGACUUCUCAGGAGAACCUCACUAGAGUUACCCAGCUUGCCAGGUUGGAGUCUACUGGUAGAAAGCAAGAGCUUCUUCCCAUCACUUCCACAAAGCCUGAGAGGCCAGGAGCUGACAGUGAGGACCAGGCAGCAGACAGUGUGCGGACUGUCAGUGUCCGCACUCUCUACCUGAUCAGCACCACCGUGGACAGGAUGAGUGACGUCCUCUGGCCGUACCUGCUCGAGUUCCUCACCCCUGUGCACUUCACUGAGGCCCUGACCCCACUCUGCAGGAGCCUGGUGCACCUGGCUCUGAAGAGACAAGAGGCUGGUGCAGAUGCCUUGUUGGUCCAGUAUGACUCCCACGCAAACCUCCCAUCUCCCUACGCUGUGACCACGAGACUGCUGGUGGUGUCUUCUAACCCCUACUUGGGGGAUGGGCGGGGGGCAGCCUCCCUGCGCCUCCUGAAGGUUCUACAUGGAAGCAUCCACCCCUUGCUGGGUCAGCGGUGGGAGACAACUGUGCCUCUGCUACUGGAGUACCUGGACGAGCACACUAAGGAGACACUGUUGCAGAAGGAAUGGGAGGAGAAGCUGCUGGUGUUCCUGCGGGACACACUGGCAGUUGUUGCUGACAACACGUGGAUCUGCCAGCUGAGCCAGGAGAUGUGCAAGCAGCUGCCCUCUUACAGCAAGACACCCCAGGAGAAGAACUUCCUGUAUAAAUGCAUAGGAACUGCCCUGGGUGCCGCUUCAAGCAAGGAGGUGGUGGGAAAACACCUCCGGGAGCUGCUGGAGACAGCCAAGUACCAAGAGGAGGCGGAGCGGGAGGGUCUCGCCUGUUGCUUUGGGGUCUGUGCCAUCACCCACCUCGAGGACACCCUGACACAGCUGGAGGACUUCGUGAGGUCAGACGUGUUUAGGAAGUCCAUUGGCAUCUUCAGCAUUUUCAAGGAUCGGAGCGAGCAUGAAGUGGAAAAAGUAAAGAGUGCUCUGAUUCUGUGCUAUGGGCACGUGGCUGCUUGGGCCCCCCGUGAGAUGGUGCUGGCCAAGGUGGAGUCAGACAUCCUCCGCAACAUGUUUCAGUGCUUCAACACCAAGGUUCUGGGAAUAAAGGUAGAAACCAAGGACCCAGCCCUGAAGCUGUGCCUUGUCCAGAGCCUGUGCAUGGUCAGCCAGGCUGUCUGCAGUAGCACUCAGGCUAGCUCCUUCUACUUCUCAAGGAAAGCCGAGCUGGUAGCACAGAUGUUGGAGUUCAUCAGGGCAGAACCCCCGGACGCCCUGCGAACACCCAUACGGAAGAAAGCCAUGCAUGCCUGCACUUACCUAGUCCACGUGGAGCCGGCUCUGGAGGAGCAGGCUCAGGCCGAUGUGAUCCACAGCUGCCUGCGCAGUGUCCUGGCCCUGCCCCCUGAGCCCGAGGAAGAGGAUGGCACCUUCCAGGAGCCCUUGUAUCUGGACACAGUCCACGCCCUUGAGGACCUGCUGACGAGCCUGCUGCAGCGGAACAUGACUCCUCAGGGCCUGCAGAUUAUGGUUGAGCACCUGAGCCCAUGGAUCAAGUCCCCGAGGGGCCAUGAACGGGCACGGGCACUUGGCCUGAGUGCCUGCCUGCUGCAGUACUUCCUGGGGCACCUGCAAGUCAGCGCCCUGGUACCCUUCCACAACCUGGGCCUCCUUGUUGGCCUCUUCUCCCCACGGUGUGCGGACAUGUGGCCUGCUACUCGCCAGGAGGCUGUAGGCUGUGUCUACUCCCUGCUCUACUUACAGCUGGGCUAUGAGGGCUUCUCCAGAGACCAUCGGGAUGACAUGGCUGAGCGGCUCCUCGCCCUGAAAGAUGGCCUUGUGCACCCGGACCCCACCGUCCUCUUCCACACCUGCCACAGCAUAGCUCAGAUUAUUGCCAAGCGCCUCCCACCUGACCAGCUCAUCAGUCUCUUGCUCACCAUGUUUGAGGGCCUGGGAGACCCUGUGAAGAACUGCUCCCGAGCUGCUACCGUCAUGAUCAACUGCCUGUUGAAGGAGCGUGGCAACAUGCUGCUGGAGAAGGUGCCUGAGAUUGUGAGUGUGCUGCGCUCCAAGCUCCAGGAGACGCAGGAAGAGCACGUCCUGCCCGCCGCCCAGCACAGCGUGUACCUCCUGGCCUCCCAGCACUGCGCAGCUGUGGUGUCCAGCCUCCUGGGCAGCCCCCUGCCCUUUGACAGCCACACCUGUGCUCUGUGGCGGGCGCUGGCCGUGGAGCCCAGCCUCACCACCCAGGUCCUGGGGCUGCUCGUGGAGAAGAUGAGCAGGGAUGUUCCGUUCAAGGAGAGCCGGACUUUCCUGCUGGGCAGCACGCCUGACCGAGUGGCCACGCUGCUGCCCCUCGCAGCCACCUGCGCGCUGUACGAGGUCAUGUCUGCGCCUGCAUCUGCACCCGCAGUGCUUGAACUCUACCCUCAGCUUUUUGCGGCACUCCUGCUGCGAGUCAGCUGCACAGUGGGCGUCCAGCUGCCCCGGAACCUGCAGACCAAGGAGAGGAGGAGCACCAGCACAGCCCCGGCCGCCAGGAACCCCGAGCCCUGCAGCUCUGCAGUGGAGGCCCUGCAGGCUCUGCUUCUCCGAGGAGGCAGCCAGGACGUGGUGCAGUGCAUGGAGCAGGAGGGAGGCUGGGAGUUGCUCAGAACCUUGGCGGGGCACGAGGAUGGGGUCACACAGUUGGCCAGUGCCAUGGCCAAGUGUGCAGGCCCCCGGCUGCCCCUGGUGUUGAAAGCACUCACGUGCACACAGAACGGUGUGUAUGAAAUGCAGAGGGUCACCUCCACAGCCUUCCUGGCCCAGCUACUCAGCAGCAAUGUAGUCAAUGACCUGAUGCUCUUGGAGUCACUGCUGGAAAGCCUGCUAGCCCAACAGAAGGACUCAAGUGCCAGUGUGCGGCGGUUGGUACUCCGUGGCUUGGCCAACACUGCGUCGGGCUCCCCUGAGAAGGUACCAGCCCACGGCCCCCAGCUCCUGACAGCCAUGAUCAGUGGGCUGGAUGAUGGGGAUGACCCACAGAGCCUGGUGGCCCUGGAAGCCAUGGUGGGCCUCGCACGGCUGCUGGAGCUGGUGCAGCCCUGGGACCGACGCUCGGUGCUGCUGCACACAGCCAUCCGCAUCAGGCCCUUCUUUGACAGUGAAAAAAUGGAGUUCAGGACAGCGUCCAUCCGCCUCUUUGGGCACCUGAACAAAGCCUAUCACGGUGACUGUGAGGACAUCUUUCUGGAGCAGGUUGUGGGUGGGUUGGUGCCCCUCCUGCUGCACCUGCAGGACCCCCAGAUCCCUGUGGCCAGUGCCUGCCGGUUCGCCCUGUGCAUGUGCAUACCCCACCUGCAGUGUGAGGAGCUAGCGGCUGCCUUCCAGAAGCACCUACAGGAGGGCCACAGUUUGCACUUCGGGGAGUUCCUCAACUCCACCUGCAAGCACCUGAUGCAUCACUUCCCUGACCUGCUGGGCCGCCUGGUGAGCACCAGCCUGUUCUACUUCAAGAGCAGCUGGGACAGUGUCCGAGCCGCAGCGCCCCUGUUCACAGGGUUCCUGGUGCUGCACGCAGAGCCAGACCACAGGCCACAGGUGGACCUGGAGCAGCUCAUUACAGCACUGCGUCUCCUGCUUCGGGACCCAGCCCCCGGGGUGCGGGAGAAGGCUGUGGAGACGCUGGGCCGCCUGGUCAAGUUUGCCUGAGGCUGGCCACACCACACAAGCAGCACACUAGCCAGAAAUUACCCAGAAGACCCUCUGCUGAUGAGAGGCCCCAGACAGCGCAGGCUCCCCUCCUUCUCAAUAAAGCCAUUUCCUCCUCAGCCCUGGGGGAGAGGGCACAAAGACACA